AUGGAAGAAGAGGAACUGGAGAAAGUAAACCACCGCUACGCUGCAUCACCUGUUUCUAUCCUCCCUAUGCAGUUGCAAGGUGCAACAUCAGUUCUGGAUCAAGAACUCAUCAAAUGCACUGAGUACAUGUAUCCAAUGGUUCUGUGCCACCUCGGUCUCUCCGUCACCCACGCAGCUCGUAAGAAUUCAAUACUCGAGUUCAGAAUAAUAGAUUUUACCAUCCCCACAGAUCUGGCGGUUCAUCUGUCUCCGGCCUUUCACGGUGGUUCAAAUGAACCAUCUAUUCGGAUUAUAAAAGGACCAUGGAAAAUGAUGCCUGUCAUCAUCAUGGCCAUUGUGGUACAGGUAUUCACCCUCAUAUCCAUCCUAGCUCCCAACUCUCUCGAGAUCGGUUCAGCAUCCCCAAUAAAUGACAUCAUAAAUGUACCUACAAUCUUCUUCGACAGAUCCCAACAGGAUACGGGUUGGACAUCUGAGUUUGGCGGAAUCCAAGAUUGCACUGGGAACCUAUCUUCAGCGUGGGAGCGAAUUCUCGGAUGCUCAUUCCAGUUCGACGAACUGGUCACGUGGAAAGUACCUGAUGGGUGUCAGAGUGGGUGUAAUUAUACUAUUGAGUACCCCGGACCUGUUCUGACAUCAGCAAAGACGAGAGUCUUGGCACUGGGAAUGAUGCCGAUUCUUCGCACUCCACACAGCCCACUGCUCAGCUCAGCAGUCCUUCAUGGACAUUAUCUGAUGAGGUUUACACAGCCAAUUAUUACCUCAAUUAUAGUGGAGCUGCAAUAG